UUCUAGCGUAAUUUUUUCCCACGUCCUGACUACAGUUUUCGCGGAAUUCCGUUCACUUUCCUCCUCUUUUCUUUCCUUUUCCGUUGAGUUAACCGGAUCUGACUUCAGCCACUCAUCGGCCGGAGGUCGCGAGUCUGCGUCGCCCUUCGAUUCGCUCGCUGAUCGACGAGUACAAGCAGAAGAACAGCUUGAGUCAAUUGACCCCCAAAACCCAGAUGGUAUUACUUGAUUGCACGAAAGAGUGCCUCAAUUUGGGCUUUUUUAGGCAUGGGACCUGAGAUUGUGCCUAAAGUGAAGGAGGAAGCUUUGAUGGAGGUUUCGAGGGGUAUGGAGGACAAAAAUGCUGCUCAGGAGGAAAAAAAUAACUUUUUGCAGAGUGCAAGUAGUUGUCAGGACAAAAUUCUUGACAUGGAAGCUAUAUCUGUUGGACGAACUGUCAUGUUAGAUGGAAGUGACAAUAUGGAGCUUGAUGUUAUUGGGUGUUCAGAUAAUUGUGAUGAAGGUCCUAAUGGGGAAUGCAAUGUUUCAACUGAAAAUUCAAGCUCGUUUGGAGAUACUGUAUCUGGGACAGAUUAUGGCUUGUUAUUGGAUGACGAAGAAGUUGAAUCCCAAUUAUAUGGUGGUGAUAACUUGCGGCGCAUGUCCAAUGGAUACAGAGAAGUGUUUCCUAGGAAGAAAAAGUUGACAGUUCAUUGGAGAAAGUUUAUAAGUCCCCUUAUGUGGCGCUGUAGAUGGUUAGAACUGCAAAUUAAGAAACUUCAGUCUCAAGCGUUCAAAUAUGAUAGAGAACUUGCAUUAUAUGAUCAAAGAAAGCAGUCCGUCUACGGAAACUUCUCAAUGGAAGGUUUUGACGUGAAGUCAAUAGGAUUCUCAAGUCACACUCAAAGACACAGGGUUAUGAAAAGAAAGAGAAGGAAGAAAACUGAAGAGACAACUGACGUAGCUUCAUAUAUGGGACACCAUAAUCUAUUCUCCUAUUAUGAGAAGAAGAGGUCUCUUGCUGACGACAUGGCUUUGGAAGAUACUUUUCUUAAACUAGACAAGACGAAGAAUAUGAGACGUUAUGACAUCAAUUACUUUGGGACAAAUGCAACGGAAGGAUGGGAACCUUCUAUGUUGGGAGGUAACGAUAACAUUUUGGAAGACAUCUUUCUAAAAAUUGAAGCUGUGCAGUCAAAAGUUCACAUGUUGAAGAACAGAAUUGACAAGGUGGUGAACGAAAAUCCCAUGAAGUUUGCUUCAAUCAAUCAGCUAAACUUUCUUGAAUCAAGCGAUGAUCCCUCUUCACCUGAAGAUGGAAAUGAUGCCUUAGUAAGGUCUUUGCAUGAAGCAUCACAACACAUAUCUGAGCAUGCGUUUGGAGAUGUACUUAUGCCUGAAAGCGCAAAUAAAAAUCACGGAGAGGUCAUUCUACUUCCUGAUAUGAUUCAGAGUGCUGAUUGUGGAAGUACUCGGAAAGUUCAGAUGCAAAAUUGUGCAGUCAAGGAAGAGUUGCAACUUUCCGAAGAGGUUAAAGGUCAGUCUAUUGAACAGCCUCAGGAAUUGGAGGAGCAGAAAACCAUUCCUCCAGCUGCAGUUUCUGAAGCUGACUUAGCCUCAAAGAACACUGAGCCCAACUUGCAACACGAUACAAAACCGCUUUCUGCUGCCAAACCCAAUCCAUCAAAGAAAACAAAAAAGCGGGGAAGGCGAAAAACAGGUUCAAGUAAGCGGAAUCAGAAAGCAACAGGUUAGCUGGAUAAAUGGGACUAGAAGAUGGUUAUUUUGCUUCUUAUGUGGAUGAUGGAGGUUAGAAAUUGUUAAUGGUUCUUGUUCUUGUUCUACUGUAUAUUUUUCAUGUCAUGCUCUUAUCUGCACAUAUCAACUCGAUUAUUUGUAUAUGCUGCAAAUAUUCAUUAAUUAUGUUAAUAUAAAGAUAGCAUUAGACCGCAGUGGUUGAAAUGAGAGGUUAUAAACUCAAAA